AUGGUACAUAGAGUGACAUACAAGACAGCAGUGGGUAAUAUAGGGUAGGAAAUAGGUAGAAGAACUUUUUUUUGUAAAACAAGGAAAUUUUGUUGCUCGUGCUAUUCAGUACUAUGUAGUGCUUUGGUUCAAUGAUAUGUUUAGAUUAUAUCUGAAGCUAAGGCUAAGGUUUUGGCUAUGGCUAACGCUAAGGCUAUGUUUAUGGCUAUGGCUGAAGGCUGAAGGCUAAAGCUAAGGCUAAGGAUGAGGCCAAAGUCAAGGCUGGUACUAAUAGUACUAUAUAGUACCUAAAAAUACCCAACUCGUUAAAGUACCGACCGCUUACCAUGUGCUUCCCAAAUGUUUAUUUUAAUUAAUUCUAGCACAUUCGGCCGUUUCGCCGUGAAUAAUUUAAGGCCACGGAGAAUGUGUGAAUUAAAAAUGCAAACAAAUUUGGCCGCGCUGAAACAAAUCGCCUUAAUGUUUCGGUAAUUGUAAAUUACAGAGUAAUGGGUGCACGUUUAUCAAUUUUAUACGUAUAUGCGGGGUUGGACGGGUUUUUUAAUUAGACUCAGGCUCAAGUUCAGGUCCUGGUUCAGGCUCAGGCUCAGGCUCAGUCUCAGACUCAGGCUCAGGCUCAGGCUCAGGCUCAGGCUCAGGCUCAGGCUCAGGCUCAGGCUCAGGCUCAGGCUCAGGCUCAGGCUCAGGCUCAGGCUCAGGCUCAGGCUCAGGCUCAGGCUCAGGCUCAGGCUCAGGCUCAGGCUUAG